AAUGCUUAAUAAUCGCAGCUCGGUCGGAGGCAGGUGGUGGUGGCUUGACCGACUUUUAAAGAAACCUUGGGGGGAGUUGGGCGGCAUCUUCAGUUAGACAUUGGACUCCGUCGAAGGCGAAGAGUCGGAAAAAAGAGCCGGAGGGUGCGACGCGAGGGAGACACGCUCGAUUAUCGAUUAAUGAUAACAAUCGAUCGUCAACAAAUUUUCCUCUGCUUUCUUCCCUGCCUCCAUCGUGCACAGAAAGAAAACGAAGAUGCGGCUGUCGAUGGUGGUCGAACUGUUGCUGAUUCUUCUUCUGGUCGCGUUCGCCGCUUAUGGCAGGGUGAUCGAACGCGAUGGAAAAACGGAGGAGAGAUCAAUCGGAAAUGCGAGCGAGGAUAACCUUGGAAUAUCAACGUUGUCGUUGAAACAGGCGACCGACGAUGUGAACAGAUAUUGCACCUGCAACGAGAACAUAUGUAAUUGUUGCAGAGACUUCCAUAUACCUUUGGUGCAAUUACAAGGACCAGGAUGCGCAUCUCUGCAAUACAUACAAGGAGACAAUUUGGCGGUGCAACUUAGCUUCGGAGAUAACAUCUUAACCAGCACCAUCGUGAAUGGAAAAAAUCCGAAACCCGUGUGCGUCCCGUUACCAGGAGGAUUUACGAAAUUCUGCGGUAGAAUUUAUUCCAUUAAACGGGAUGCCAAGAAUCAUUUCAAAGCCUGCCUUGGACUGGAGUUACAAUCAUCGACCGAACUCGAAGCUAGUUUACGCGUCAGCUGCUUCAGAUUUGGGCCUGACGGUCUCAAGUUACGUCCAGCGGAACCGCUUCCUGUAGUGGAGACCGAGGUCCCGGACGAAGACGACGACGACGAUUUCUUCGGCCUGGACUCGGACGAGGAUGAGGAAGACGACGACUCCGAGGACGACACGCCGUUGGCCAACGCUGUCCCAGAUUCCUCAGAUUCGGCUGAAGAGGACGAGGACGAGGACGAGGACGAGGAUGUCCUCGGGUUCGGGGCACUUUUGGAUAUUAUUACCGGCGAGGACGAAACCGCGACGAAGAGACCGAAAGUAACCACGCCCGCGCCUCUUCUCCAAUUUACGAUCCCCAUUUUAACCAAGCCGACGGCUUCGUCUGUUUCUAAUUCCAACGUUGGAGGCAACGUGGUCGCGGGCACCAACUCGGAAGAAUUGCCGAACGCGGACGAAGAGAGCGUUAAUAACGAGGCGGAUGACGAGUCCGUGGACACCGACACCACGAUUAAAGAGGCAACCGUGACGGAGCCCUCGAAUAAGAUAGCGAAGCCCGAUAAGGCACCGACGAAGAAAUUCACGGUGUCGAAUAUAAGUACGAAGAAGCCGAGCGUUACGAGUUCCAGCAUCAACGCGAUCGAGAACGAUGCGAAUAAGAAGAGGAAACCUUUGAGGAAACCGGUGAAGGGCGGCGAGGAGGACGAGGACGAUGAUAUUCUAGGGGACAGCUUGGACGACGACGACGACGACGACGACGACGAGGAGAUUUUGAGCGACGACGAGGACGAGGAUGAGAAGAAUAGCGAAGAGGAAGAGGAUGAGAAGAACGAUGAGAGCGAGAAUCACGAGGACGAGGACGAGAAAGCUGAACUCGAAGAUUUGGAUGAUGAUGACGAGGAAGAGGAUGCGGUAAUCAGCGCGCUGGUUUAUGAUGAUAAAGAAGAUGGGAAGAAGAAAGGCAAGGUGAAGAAACACGAUCAGUCGUCCGAAGCGGACGAUGAUGACUCGGAUUAUGGAUUGGGCCUCACCGGGCUUCUAGCGAGAAACAGAAAUAAUCGUCAGAGCAAAGAAAUGAGAUUUCCGAUGAUUGAAAAUUCAACUCUCAUCGUAGAGUCGUAAAAUAAUUGAAGAUUAUUGUGUGACGAUGUUUUUUU